ACGAGUAUAGCGCGCUGCGCUAAAAGCAGCUACACGCGCGAGGAGGCUAAACGAGGGGGCAUAGGUAAACACGUACACGGAGAGGCUUCGCUCGUGCGCUAACGACUACGAUCGGCGCAUUGUGCGUCGAGAGACAGAGUUUCGCACUCGACUUUUCGUUUCGCCAACCCCAUACGCACGGCUGCAGUCGUCGAUGCUAAUUUUCACUCGUAUACGCGCGCAGCAUCGCGUGCUUGAUCGGCUUUGCCUCGACUGAUUUCGGCAUGUUUUGCUCGCGACUUCGGCGAUGUUUGCUGCAGUUUUUUAAUACGGUGCAUUGCGUUUGUGUUUCUUGUUUAAUCGUGGCUAUGUUUUUCACACUAAGCGAUUCAAACUUGUCGCGCCCUUUUCCGCGCCAUCUGCUGCAAAACCGAAGAAGCGCGAUUCUGUAUUAUCGACUCGAGUCUCGACAUUAACGAAGAGUCGCUACAGUUUCUGCACAAGCUUCGAGAUAGAGUUGUUUUUCAGUGCUGUGCGGCUGCCUCGAAACCGGCAUUUCAUUCGCUUUUCAGCUUUAUUAUACACUGAAUCUAAAAUGACGACCUAUCUGUUGCUCUGCGUACUCGCAACACUCUGUUCGAGCUCACUUCAGAUCAGCAACGUAGAUUCUCCAAACUACAUCGGAGCUGUGGUACAUUAUCAUCCUAUAACCGAGCAAAGUGGCGAUCAAGAGGUAACUGAAGUAAACGCUCUUAAUUAUCGGACAAUCAUAAAGAAGGCUGCGUCCUAUGACACGGAUAUUAUUGUUUUUCCCGAAUUCGCUUUGAGUACCAUACCAAAAGAUGGACCUAAGGAAAAAGAGUUUAACGAAACGGAAUUCAGAGCUCACUAUCGCGACAUGGCUUCUCACAUUCCCGAACCUGAAGAGGGGGUUGUAAUUUGUGAUACAGACUCGAAAUACAAAAGAUCAUUGAAAAUAAUUUCGUGCGCAGCGCGAGAAUUCAAAAUGUACGUAUUGGCGAACCAUCACGAAAAGGUCGACUGCAGCCCUAAUUUGCGAGACUGCCCGAGCGACGGUUUUCUCCUCUACAACACAAACGUGGCUUUUGACAGAGACGGCCGAGUGCUCGCGAAAACCAGCAAGACCAAUCUGUACAAGGAGCCUGGCACCAACGUCAGAACUCCUCCCAGAGUCUCGACCUUCCGUACUGACUUUGGCGUGACCUUUGGCAAUUUCAUAUGCGCCGACGUCAUCCACAAAUGGCCAGCCACGCACUUCGUCAAGAAUUCCAGUGUCAUGGACGUCAUCGUCACGCAGCACUGGUACGACGCCGGAGCUUUCCUCGAGAGCAUGGAGGUCCAGGCAGCCUGGGCCCAUGCGGCCGACGUCAACUUUUUUGCAUCGGACUACAGCGAUGCUCUUGCCGGAGGUGGAGGUAGCGGAAUCUACGCUGGCAAGCGGGGUCCUAUCGUAACGCACUACCCAUUCGAAACGGAUAACGCUCUGAUCGUCGCGGAGAUUCCGAAGCUGGAUAGUCGAAGACAACCCCUCCAGGAACUGCGUCCUGGGAAGUCUUUCGUCUACGUAUUCGACAGGACAGAGGUACCGACGAUUUUGGGAGAACCUAGCAAGAUCGACUACAAUCUCUCGGGAAACUGGUAUAAUCUGCAACUGACCACCAGUCAACUGCUGCAACCUGAUCAAAAAUCGAGUCACGUGUCAACGAUCUGCGAUCGCGGACUUUGCUGCGAUUUUCACGUUGAGACUAGCUACGACAAGGAAGUCGUUGCCAAAAGCCCGGACUCCAAGCAGUACAGGUAUCAUCUGGUAGCUUUGAACGGCGUCAAUGAAUUUUCAUUCGGCGAGGAAAUCUGCGCCCUGGUGUCCUGCACGAGUGACUCUCUCAAGGACUGCACGAAGUACUUUGACGAGAGCAGCGACGUCAUCACACCGAUGAGCAUCGACCACCUCGUGAUAACGCGCCGAGCCAAUAUGGAGGAAUCGGUGUUGUAUUUUCCAGAGACGUUGCGCCGGCAGGGGCACCGAGCGCUGAACGGUGGUAGCGAUUUCGCCUACCUGGCCAGCGGACCCAACGACUCGAGUCUUCUGAUCAUGCACUUGCUUAAGCCGCAGAGCGAGCUGGCUACCUUUGCCAUUUUCGGCAGACGCUUCGACUGGGACGGACAGCCACCGUCGGCUCCUCACGACUGGACUUCUACUGUACUAAAUUCUCUGAGCUCUUUGUGGCUGGUUGCGAUUCUCACGGCUGCCGGCUCCUGGUGUUAUACCAGGCGUUGACAAUUGUGUACUAUAGAAAGGAGCUGAAGGUCUAACCGAAGCUGAAGAAAGUAUCAAGUCUUCCGUGCAUUAAUUACUUUCUGGCCAAAAUAAAAAUUUAUGGAAUUCUACCAUUCACUUUAUCUUAUAGCAAGUUAAUUACAUGACAUAUGUCACAUAGUCGUGUACAUAGUCGUUGCCAUCAUUUUAUUUAGUAAAAAAUGUUUUUAAAAUUUUAUGACAUUCUUAAUUUAUUACCGCGUAUCAGUUUGGUUAGACCUUUUGCAAUAGAUAAUCCACAGCCAUCUACAAGCAAUCAUUUAUUGGUAUAAUUAUUUCAGGUAUCGCCUACUGCUGAUUUUUAAUGGCAUAAGCGGCUAUUCCUUCGGCGAAAAAGCCUGUACCCAGCUAUCGCGUACUCUAUGUUGGAAUGUAGGGGCUAACACCCGACAUACGUCCCAUACCGACUGCUCCUAGCGCCCAUGACGUUGAGUCGACACGGUUUUAUUAUGACCAGACUCUACUUAGCGACUUUAAUAGUCGGCAAUUGAUUGUGCUAUCCACCAAUCGUCGUGCGUGACGACCCUGAUGAUGGGAGAAUGAUCCGAUUGUCGCUGAUUGCUGAAGGAUGGAGAUUUCGAAUACCAAGUCUUAUGGCUCACUCCUAUAUAAUCGCUCCAAUAAUCAGAAUAUAUCAUAGAUAUAGUCUUUCAUACAUUGUAACUCUUGUUAUUACUAUUUCUUUUAUAGAAACGAUAAAACAUGU